UCGGAGCUCUUUUGUGUUUAAGAGGCGCCAAAAAAGCAAAUUCCGCUGUCAAAGAACACUCGAUAUGCAUGGACGACUCAAGGUGAAGACCACUGCCCAACAGGAGGAAGCAAAGCGGAAAGAACGCGAGCAGAAACUGAAACUUUACACUGCCGCAACAUCUGGGGCAUUUAAAAAGCGACUAAAUGGAGAAUUUGAUGAGGAGGGACUGAAGCUUACAGGGGAAAUUCUGUCUGUGAAUCCAGACUUCUAUUCACUAUGGAAUUACCGCAAAGAAAUCUUCUUGUUCAUGAAGGACAACAAGGAGACAGAGUUUGUACAGAAGCUGAUGCAGGAUGAGCUCGGAUUCCUCGAGUCUUGUCUCAAGGUCAACCCAAAGUCGUACGGCGCCUGGCACCACCGAAGCUUCAUCCUGGAGAACAUGCCACACCCUGACUGGGAGCGAGAACUCCAGCUCUGUAACACUUUUCUGGAGUAUGACGAGAGAAAUUUUCACUGUUGGGAUUAUCGACGAUUUGUCGUCCUAACCUCGGAUGUAGAUUUAGAACAGGAGCUUGCGUACACAACAGAGAAAAUACAGACCAACUUUUCCAAUUAUUCAUCGUGGCAUUACCGCAGUAAACUACUUCCUAUUAUCUUCCCUGACCCCACCCACCCUGUCAGAGUGCAGGAGGACAUCUUGUUACAGGAGCAUGAAACAGUACAGAAUGCCAUAUUCACUGAUCCUGAUGACCAGAGCGCUUGGUUCUACCACAGGUGGCUGCUGGGAAGGGGGAGGAAAAAACUGCAGAUAAGUUGUGUUCAUGCAUCGCGUAAAACCAACCAGAUUCUAGUGCUGCUCACCAACUACAUACAGGUAAAUCAUGGUCAUCAGUUGUCAGUGAACAUCAACAGUAGCCCAGUCACAGGGGAAUGGAGGAAUGUCACCGGUACCAAUAGCUACAGUAUUAUAUGGAUCCUGACAGUGAAGGAUGGUUUUCCUGGGGGUGAGCAUUUGUCUAUAGGGGUGACCCUUCUCACUGAGUCUGACUGCACUCAGUUCUCUCAGGGCCUACAGCUCACCCAGGGUCAGGACGAGGCGUGGACCAUGGCGAGUUACAAGGCAGGGACUCGGUUCAGCAUCGAGCUGAGUGCGGCGGCCAGCUCAACCAUGGAGAAAGAACUGGAGGCGAUCCAGGAACUUCACUCAGUGGAGCCAGAAAAUAAAUGGGUACUGCUGACCCUGCUCUACUUAAUGAAGGCCAUUGACCCAGUUCAUGAGAAGUACCAGGAUGACAUCACUGAGGCGAUAGAGAAGCUGACUGCGGUGGACUCCAAGAGAAAAGCCUUCUAUCGGGAUCUCAAGAGUAAGUUCAUGAUGGAGAAGAUUCUUGAUGUACAGGAUGUAAACACCCGUGACAUGACCUUGAGUGGCCUUGACCUGACCUCUCUGUGUCACACUGAGUGGAUGGUGCUGGUUCAGGAGCUUGAUGUGUCACAGAACCACCUGACCUCCCUCAAACCCCUUGGUAACCUGCCUUGUCUCGUAUUCCUUAUUGCCAAUAACAAUGAUAUCGACUCAGUGGAGGGUCUUCAACAUUGUAAACAGCUUAAAAAGCUUCAUCUUCAGAAAAAUGCUUUACGAACAGUGCAAGCCUUCAGUACCCUCUCCUCUCUCCCAUUAGAGGAUGUGAAUGUAUCGGGGAAUCCAUUGUGCAAUAUUGAGAACUACACUGAGGCCCUGAAGGCGAUUCUUCCAACCCUUGCCCCAAGCUGAGGGCAAUAUUUCUUGCUUUUGCCCCGAGCUGAGGGCGAAUCUGUCACAGCUGUAGGUGUCAAAGAUUUGGUGCUCCUCUUGGUUUCACUGAGCAAGACUGGUGACAAUGUGAUAUAUGGAUUAUUUAUGGACCAAUAGAUUUUAUAAUGUUAUACAAUUACAAUUUAUGUAGUCAUUUCGUUUCACACAUUAUGUUAUACCACAGUCCCUUUUCAACUGGCCAAUAUUUUACUAUUAGUAACUUAAUUUACUUCAACAGACUUCAAAAGCAUAUGUAUUUGUUUAGUAAAUUCAUUUUUUCUGUUGCUAAUUGAUAUAUAGCAUGUGUUUAUGCAUUCUAGUAUCUAGUAUGCCCACUUGGUUGACUGAUAGUAUGUAAAUGUACAAUCAUGUAUCUGUAAUUUCUUGGUUAUGUGAUAUUUUAUAUACAAUGCUACAUGUACUGUAUACAGGAUUAUUUUCGCCCGUGUUAAUUUCGCCUUUCUUUACUUGCAAACGGUUCCACCCCGUCUUUAAUUCGCCUAUAUAAAAUUGUGAUAAAAGAGAGACAAUUUGAGACAUUGGAAUUCACUCAGUCUUGAUUUAGCCCGCUGACAACGAGGGCAAAAGGGGCGAAAAUAAAACAGGGUCAAAUAUUUCCCUGUAUACAGUAUGUAAACAAGGCCAGAUGUUUCUUGCUAGUGCAAUAUAUGUAGAUAGGAAUAAACACAAUUAUUGAUGACUCAAA